CUCGGCCAAGCUCCAGGCCUCACGCUUGGCCUGCGUCUCAUUAGUGUCCCAGCUGGGCCCCCGUCUGUCUUGCUCCUUCUCCGCCAGUGACCCUGGGGCCCAGCACCAUCCUCCCCUUUCUUGGUCUCUGCACAGCGUUCUUGUGGCUGCGCUCACUCCCCGUCUGCCCCUUCUCUGCCUCUUGGCUGCCCUCCUGAUGGCACUCACCCCUCGGUUACAAGUACCACACCAGGUUCACGCUGUUGAAGCCAGAAACAGAGCAUGCGCUGACGGCUUUGCAGGGGCUGCCGGUCCCCCUGAGGCACGGGAGGCCUCUCCACUCCGCCUCCUCUGGGUUCCGUUCGCUGCUGAGCUGACCCCUGGGGAGCAAAAGUGUCCAGGGAAGAAAGGUUCCAGUGGCCGUCUGGCCCUGCUGCUGUGACCACAGUCAUGGGCCCCCCAAGUGUGACCUGUGGGAAACCCUGCCAGGCCCCCCAGCAUGUCCACAGAGCCUGGCUGAUUCCUCGGAUGAGGCCCCUGCUGCUCCAGCGUCAGGGCGCUGCCCUGUCUGCUCUGGGGCCUGCCCCUCCCCCUGGGCGGCCCGUGAUAAAUCGCCCUGUGGAGUCGUGCCCACGGUCCUGUCUGGGCGGUACCUGGCCCUGGCAGCCCCUCCCCUGAGCCGUUCUGAGUUGGGGACAAAGGGUGUGGGCUGUGGUUACUUCUGGUCUGAACUGGUGCCCUCCAGGGGCCCAAGCCGCACGGGAAUGGUCUGCCCCCCUUGAUGGCUCUGUCAGCGCCACCGACGGGCCCCCUCGAGCAGGUUCUAGAGUCCCCGGCGCCGGCCGCCCCUCCCCAGGGCAGGCUGGGCGCGGCCUCAGCGCGGCCUCGGGCCCCGCGGCGAUAGUUGCCCUGCCAGGGGGCGGGGCCCCGGUCAGACGGCGGGCGGGGCGUCGCGGGGCGCGGGGCGGGGCGCGGGGCGCGGGCCGGAGUCCGGGCGCCGGAGCGGAAUGGCGGCGGAGCAGGACCCCGAGGCGCUCGCGGCGGCUCGGCCGCUGCUCACCGACCUCUACCAGGCCACCAUGGCGCUGGGCUACUGGCACGCGGGGCGGGCGCGGGAGCAGGCGGAGUUCGAGCUCUUCUUCCGGGGCUGCCCGUUCGGCGGCGCCUUCGCCCUGGCCGCGGGGCUGCGCGACUGCGUGCGUUUCCUGCGCGCCUUCCGCUUGCAGGACGCAGACGUGCAGUUUCUGGCCUCGGUGCUGCCGCCCGACACGGACCCCGCGUUCUUCGAGCACCUUCGUGCCCUCGACUGCUCCGAUGUGACGGUGCGGGCUCUGCCCGAGGGCUCCCUCGCUUUCCCCGGCGUGCCCUUGCUGCAGGUGUGCGGGCCGCUCCUGGUGGUGCAGCUGCUGGAGACGCCGCUCCUCUGCCUCGUCAGCUACGCCAGCCUCAUCGCCACCAACGCUUCGCGGCUUCGCCUGAUCGCGGGUCCGAAGAAGCGGCUGUUGGAGAUGGGGCUGCGGCGAGCCCAGGGCCCGGAUGGGGGUCUUACCGCCUCUACCUAUAGCUACUUGGGCGGCUUCGAUGGCAGCAGCAAUGUGCUCGCAGGACAGCUGCGGGGCGUGCCCCUGGCCGGAACCCUGGCACACUCUUUCAUCACUUCCUUUUUGGGCACUGAGGUGCCCCCCGACCCGAUGUUGGCUCCAGCUGCCAGUCAGGGCCCCAGGGUGGAUCUGGCUGCUUGUGCGGAGGCAUGGCUGGAUCGCGUGUGUGCCCAUCUGGGCCUGGGGGUGCAGGAGCCCCACCGGGGGGAGCGGGCAGCCUUUGUGGCCUAUGCCCUGGCUUUUCCCCGGGCCUUCCAGGGCCUGCUGGACACCUACAGUGUGCAGAGGAGCGGUCUUCCUAACUUUCUGGCAGUAGCCCUGGCCCUGGGGGAGCUGGGCUACCGAGCAGUGGGUGUAAGAUUGGACAGUGGCGACUUGCUGCAGCAGGCCCAGGAGAUCCGCAGGGUCUUCAGGAGCAUUUCGGCCCAGUUCCAGAUGCCCUGGCUGGAAUCGGUCUCCAUCGCCGUCAGCAACAACAUUGACGAGGAGGAGCUGACCCGGCUGGCCCAGGAGGGCAGUGAGGUCAACGUCAUUGGCAUCGGCACCAAUGUGGUCACGUGUCCCCGCCAGCCUUCCCUGGGCUGCGUCUAUAAGCUGGUGUCUGUGGGAGGCCAACCCCGAAUGAAACUGACCGAGGACCCCGAGAAACAGACGCUGCCUGGGAGCAAGGCUGCCUUCCGGCUCCUGGGCACUGAUGGGUCUCCGCUGUUGGAUUUGCUGCAGUUGGCCGAGGAGGCACCGCCGCGGGCUGGCCAGGAGCUCAGGGUCUGGCCUCGAGGGGCCCAGGGAGCCUGUAGAGUGAGGCCUGCGCACGUGGAGCCCCUGCUGAGGCUCUGGGUCCAGCAGGGACAGCUGUGUGAGCCCCUCCCAUCUCUGGCCGAAUCUAGAGCCUUCGCGCAGCUGUCCCUGAGCCGUCUGAGCCCGGAGCAUAAGCGGCUGCAGCAGCCUGCACCAUACCGGGUGGCGCUGUCUGAUAAGCUCCAGGCCCUGGUGGCCAGGCUGCGGGCAGGAGAGUCCUCCUGAGCACUGUGCUGGGGGUGCCUGAAAUCAACAUGAGUCACUCACUGCCCUGCA